AUGCCUGAGCAUUGGGGUCAGCAUUGCUCAAAAGAAAAUUGGAGAACGAAAAUGAAACCACGAAAAGCAACAAACGACCUUCGAAAGCAAGUUCUGCGACAGGUGCUGCAUGCUCAAGAGGGUUAUUUCCCAAACAAUGCAUGAUAUGUUCGAAAGAAAGAAUAAAAGAUGGUGGAAAAUUUCAAUUUCCAACAAAGAAUCUCACUAAAUCGGCUGAAGAGAUUGUACUCUAUAUAUCUACAGGGUGUAUAAAAAAAAACUGAACAGAUUUAAAAUUGCUCUCAAUUUCGAAAAACAGCUAUUUGUAUCCGGGUUUUUUAUAUAUAUGGCCUCUUUGGGUACUUAUAAUGUAGAAUAAUGAGAAAAAUUUCUCGAACUCAAAUUUUGUGAACCAGGGGGGUGUGUCUUUUCCAACAAAUUAAAAAUGGCUCGCGCACAAAAUUUAAAAGCUGCAAUCAUAUUUUGAGUUAACAGAUGGAAAAUUUGUCGGGAUUUUAAUUACUGUACAAAAUUUCAGACAAUUUGGUUUAGUUUAAGCCCCUUAACUAUUCACGCAAAGUUACAAUUUUCCCGAAAAAUCAGCUAUUUGCAUGCUUAAUUAAUGCAUUUGCCUAAUUUGCAUAUGUCAGCAAUAUGCACAUUAGGUAAAGGCAUUAAUUAAGCAUGCGAAUGGCUGACUUUUUAGAACAAAAUGAAUAGUUAAAGGGCUUAAACUAAACCAAAUUGUCUGAAAUUUUGUACAGUAAUUAAAAACCCGCCAAAUUUUAAAUCUAUUAACUCAAAAUAUGAUUACAGCUUUUAAAUUUUGUGCGCGAGCCAUUUUUAGUUUGUUGGGGGAGACACACCCCCCUGGUUCACAGAAUUUGAGUUCGAGAAAUUUUUUUCAUUAUUUUACAUUAUAAGUACCCAAAGAAGCUCUAUAUAUAAAAAAACAGAUACAACUAGGUGUUUUGCGAAAUUGAGAGCAAUUUCAAAUCUGUUCAGUUUUUUUUGAUACACCCUGUAUAUAUAUAUAUAUAUAUAUAUAUAUAUAUAUAUAUAUAUAUAUAUAUAUAUAUAUAUAUAUAUAUAUAUAUAUAUAUAUAUAUAUAUGGUGUGUAACUUUUGAGUUUCUGCUUAUUUUUUAAAGGUAGUAAUAUAACCACUCAGCACAGCAUUUUCACAUUGGACUACCCACACCGGUACAGACAGUUUUAGUAUAUACAGGGUGUAUAAGAAAGACUGAACAGAUUUGAAAUUGCUCUCAAUUUCGCAAAACAGCCAUUAGUAUCUAGUUUUUUAUAUAUAUAGCUUCUUUGGGUACUUAUAAGGUAGAAUAAUGAAAAAGAUUUCUCGAUCUCAAAUUUUGUGAACCAGGGGGUGUGUCUUUUCCAACAAACUAAAAAUGGCUUGCGCACGAAAUUUAAAGGUGAUGUAAAGUCCGUAAUGUAAACAAACGCUUUGUUUACAUUUUGAACUCAGUGCUACAGUUGUAAAAUAUGAUUAGAUAUAUAUUAUACUGAAUUUUUAACACUUUUCUGGUUUGUUAUGCUUGUAAAUGAAUACAGACUAGAGAUUCAAUUCAAGAAAGUUCGGAAAGAGCGAAAUAUUAACAACAUUCCAAAGGUCGCUCCCCCACUGAAGGAAUGUUUUGAUGCGCAGAAUAUGGAUGGAAAAUUUGUUGGGUUUUUAAUUACUGCACAAACUUUCAGACAAUUUGCUUUAGUUUAAGCCCUUUAACUUUCCAUUUUUCCCUAAAAAAUCAGCCUUUCGCAUGCUUAUAUUAAUUAAUGCCUUUGCCUAAUUUGCAUAUUGCUGACAUAUGUAAAUUGGGCAAAUGCAUAAUUAAGCAUGCAAAUUGCUGAUUUUUUAGGAAAAAUGUAAGUUUGCGUGGAUAGUUGAAGGUUUUAAACUGAAGCAAAUUGUCUGAAAUUUCGUGCAGCAAUUAAACACCCAACACAUUUUUCAUUCAUUAACUCAAAAUACGAUUAUAGAUUUUAAAUCGCAUGCGCAAGCCAUUUUUAAUUUGUCCGAAAAGAUACCCCCCCCCUGGUUUACAAAAUUUGUGUUCGCGAAAUUUUUACAUUAUUCUACAUUAUGAGUACCCAAAGAAGCCAUAUAUAUAAAAAUACUGGAUACUAAUAGCUGUUUUGCGAAAUUGAGAGCAAUUUCAAAUAUGUUCAGUUUUUUUUUAUACACCCUGUAUAUACAUGACAUCCUAUUACAACGUCCACUUCGAUAUAAUGGCAAACGCUACGACUAAAUGCAAACUAUAGACGGCAUUUUUUUAUGUAUAUUGUCUUAUUAUUGAUUUGUAUUCUUUUCUUUAUAUAUAGACUGUGGGCUGUGAUAAGGAGUUGAACUCCGACAAAGUACCUGAUCGUUGUGGACGCUGUGGUGGUUUGGGUACAACCUGUGAAUUAAAAACUGCAAAUUAUACAAAAGAUCACAGUAGAUAUGGUACAGCGCACUUAUUUUUGGAUAGAGCUGAAAGCGAUGGUGGAAAUGGAAAACAUGUUAUAUUUACCAUGCAGCUUUUUCAAUUGCAUUAUGUAUUUUGAAACAUUUUAUAACAUGCUUUUACUUAACAUAACUUAACAAGACCACUGCAUGUACUAUUGGUAUUGCAUUGUACAUCCUAUACCUAUGCUAUGGCGGCCAUUUUAUGGGCCGAGACGAUCAGUUUAGAUCUGGAAAGUUUUUUGUAAUCGUUUAUUUUGUUGCUUGAAGUUAGCAAAUGAAUUGAUCAAUAUUCUUCAGAACGCUUGUUUAAUGUCAUCUUAUCUAAGGCAACAUCGUAACAGCUAGCUAUGCAAUAGCCAUUAACGAAAGAAACUUAUAGCAGGCAUAAAUGCAUGCAGGAUUUUUCAGACGAGCAACUUAUUGGAUUACCGAUUAAGUUUCUUUUUAUAUUAUAGGUUUUGGUAACGCAGAUACAAUGCUUAUAUUAAAGAACGGAUCAAGUAAUAUUCAUGUUACAAAGAGAGGGAAAACAUGGAAUUUUAUAGGUAUUUAUCUUACCAAUGGUGUUGAUAAGGAUGGGGUGAACUAG